GGGGAGGGUGACAACAUCAUUUUUUUAUUUUUUAUUUUUGACAUUUUCACAUUGGCCUCCUACUCAGCAGUCAGAACAGAACGGUGGAGCGUGUGAGCGGUGUGGUUUGCGUGUGAGGUUACCAUGGUCCUCCACAGCUCCCCCUACGGCAGCGGCCUCCUGUCCUUCCUGGACGGCCUCUCGUGGGCCAUGGUGUUCCCCUCCUACUGGCUGCUGGACCGCCUGCUGGCGUCGUGCGUGGCCACCUCUCUGGAGAAGCGUCGGCGCUCCCAGGACCCCUGCUCCUUCCUGACGCUGUGCCUCCUGGUGUCGGCGCCUCUCUACCUGCUCCUGUUCUUGGCCUCGCUGCCCCUCGCCCUCCUGGGCUUCCUGUUGUGGGCGCCGCUGCAGGCGGUCAGGACGCCCUACCUCUACACACACUGCCGUCCAGACAAGCACCAGGCCGAGCAGGGCGGAGCCGGAGCCGGCCUCAGCGAAUGGAGACCUCAGGGACGGAGUUUCUGCUUCGGCAGCGCCAACGUGUGCCUGCUGCCGGACUCGCUGGCUCGCUUCAACAACCUGUCCGACACCCAGCGACGAGCCCGCGAGGUGGGCCGGCGCAUCCGCAGCGGCGCCAGCCGACCGCAGAUCAAGAUCUACAUCGAUUCGCCGACCAACACGUCCAUCAGCGCCGCCUCCUUCUCCAGCCUCGCCACGGGCUUCCGACGCACCUCCUCCCUCGACCAGCGCCCCGAAAACACACCCUUCGCCGCAGAGGCCGAGCCCCAGCCUGACUGCCCUCUCCACCCUAAUGGAGAGCAGGGCUCCGCAGACUGCCCCAUCCACCCGCCAGGGGGGGCUCCUUCCCCCGACUGCCCUCUGCACUCUGGCGGCGCCGGGGAUGAUUCGGCAGACUGCCCCCUCCACUCUGUCGGGGGUCAGAACAGCUCAGACUGCCCCCUGCAUCCCAUCCCCAGCAGCGGGGUGCAGAUCAGCAUCAGUGCCCCUGAGCCGGACCCCCCCCUGGACGAGGAGGAGGAGGGGGGGAAACCCCCCGGGGGAGUCGAAGGGGGCGGGGACUCCUGCAGCAUCAACAGCCGUACCGCCUCCCGGGAGUCCCUGACCCGUUUCCACGGCGACGGAGGCGGCACGGGGGCCGUGUCGUCCAACAACACCCUCUCCCACCGCACCUCCGUCUUCAAGCGGCCGACGGGACGCAAGCGGCGCCACGGCGAGGACGGAUUCGAUCACGAGAUCUCGGCCUUUUUCCCCGCCAACCUGGAUUUCCUGUGCUUGCAGGAAGUCUUUGACCACACUUCCACCUCCAGGCUGCGGAGCCAGCUUCACCGCUAUUUCCCCUUCGUGCUGAGUGACGUGGGCAGCUACGGCUGGAGGCACUGCUGCUCGCACUUCAAGUUCCUGAACAGCGGCCUACUGUUGGCCAGUCGCUACCCAAUCCUGGAUGCCCAUUAUGAGUGCUAUCCCAACGGGCGUGGAGAAGACGCCCUGGCUGCCAAGGGAGUGCUCUUCGCCAAGGUACAGGUGGGCACCUCUCACCAGGAGCAGAGGGUUGUGGGAUAUCUCACCUGUACCCACCUCCACGCCAUCGAAGGAGAUGCAGCUGUGCGCUGUGAGCAGUUGGACCUGCUCCUGGAGUGGGGGGAGGAGUUCCGCAAGGCAACGUCCCGACCCUCGGACGAGAAGGAAGACCAGGUGGCCUUUGAUGUCGUCCUGGGUGACCUCAACUUCGACAACUGCUCCUCAGAGGACAAGCUGGAGCAGCAGCAUGCACUCUUCACCCAGUACAAGGACCCCUGUCGCCAGGGGCCAGGGGAGGACAAGCCAUGGGCGCUGGGUACACUACUGGACCCCAUCGGGCUUUAUGAUGAGGAGGUCAGCUCACCAGAGAGUUUACAGAAGGUGAUGGAGAACGAGGAGGGCCGAAAGGAAUACCUGGUGUUCCCCCCCAGUAAGAACCAGUGCCCCAGCCAGAAGGGCAGGAAGAUCCCUCUGAAGGGCAACGGUCGCAGGAUAGAUUACAUCCUGUACAAGGAGGACAGCCCGCAGCAGGACUGGAAAGUGGACAUAGAGGAGUUCAGCUUCAUCUCGCAGCUGGCCGGCCUCACGGACCACCUGUCUGUGGCCAUGCGCCUCGCAGUCUCUACAGGGGAGGAGGAGCCGUAGGGACCGCCACAGAGCCAGGGAACAGCACGAAGAGGGACAAAGGAGAGGAAGAUAAAACGAGACUUUCAUAAGGACUGAGCCCUAAAUUACUCAAAGGAAAGAAAGGAUGGAUGGAUUCAUAGAUGGAUGGAUGGACACAUACACACACACCCAUAGUCCUAGUUGGACACACACCGCCAGGCCACUGUCCAUCCCCAUCCUUCCUGCUGGACUGGAUGCUCCCAGAUGAUUCAGCCCUACUGUCGGUCCACCGGAAUUAUUACUUCUCGUUCGUAAGCCUUAGUUGAUGAUAUUUAGAUGUUUCUGCCUGUCAAGGACUGUUAUCCACGUUCAUAACUACGGCUGGAGAGGUUUCCUUUGAGGAUUGUAGUGUGCUAUGACUAGCAAACUAUCUAUUUACUUAUCUCUGGCCCUUUGUUUGAGUCUGCUAAGCCCUUUUCUCUGUGUCUGUGUCUGUCUGUCUGUCUGUCUGUGUCUGUCUGCCUAUCUGUCUGUGUCUGUCUGUCUGCCUAUCUGUCUGUCUGUCUGUCUGUGUCUGUCUGUCUGUGUCUGUCUGUCUGUCUUUCUGUCUGCCUAUCUGUCUGUGUCUGUCUGUGUGUGUGUCUGUGUUUGUCUGUCUGUCAGUAUGAGUUUGCUGAACCCGCUUGUCUGUGUGUGUUUCUGUCGGUCUGUCUAUCCGUCUGUCUGUCCGUCACUGUACGUAACGUUCCCUCACCCUAACCAACCCUCAACGCUAAGGAUCAGAACAGGGGAGCAUUGGAGACGUCCUACAUUCCAGCUGUGAGCCCCGUCCAACCACUCUCUCUACGUUUCAUCUUCCUUGCUCAAUCCCAGGAACCUCAGCUAAAGUGUCUUUUUUCUAAAGUCUUUCUAACAGCUUUCUAUGGCGACUGUGCCAUCUUUGUAGGGAGUUUCAAGCCCCUGUGUUUAAUACAUUUGUAAAUGGAGGUUAUUGUUUAAAAGUACGGUAUCGUG